GUCACUGUGAGGAGAGUGUGCGGCUCAACGCUAAAAAAGCCGCAUAUGCGGUAAGACACACACACACACACACCUACCAGACAAGAAAAUAGCCGAGAAACAGCCUCGUUUCGGUUCUCCACACACCGCAGCCUUAUUCCCGACUCACAACCCAGCCUGAAGUGCCGGCAGUAUCAUGUCCAGGUUACCAGGGGGCGGUCCUAACGAUGUCACCUACCUCCUGUCAUCAGGGGUGGGGCCAGGUUCUCCCAACUCCAACAACUCUAUAUUCUCUGCUGCGAGCCAGGCUGACUGGGCUGCCAAGAGGCUGGUGUGGGUGCCAUCAGAGAAGCACGGCUUUGAGUCAGCCAGUAUUCGAGAAGAACGCGGCGAUGAGGUGGAGGUGGAGCUCACAGACAGCCAGCGGCGGUUGACUCUGUCCAGGGAGGAAGUGCAGCGCAUGAACCCUCCACGCUUCAGUAAAGUGGAGGACAUGGCUGACCUCACUUGCCUCAAUGAAGCCUCGGUGCUGCACAACCUGAGAGAGAGAUAUUACUCUGGCCUGAUCUAUACAUAUUCGGGGCUGUUCUGUGUCGUGGUCAACCCUUACAAGAACCUGCCCAUCUACACAGAGUCCAUCGUGGAGAUGUACCGGGGCAAGAAACGCCACGAGAUGCCGCCACACAUCUAUGCCAUAUCAGAGGCAGCCUACCGCAGCAUGUUGCAAGACAGAGAAGAUCAGUCAAUCCUCUGCACAGGCGAGUCUGGAGCAGGAAAAACAGAGAACACUAAGAAAGUCAUCCAAUAUUUGGCUCAUGUUGCAUCCUCCCAUAAGAAUAGCACUUUGGGUAGGAACAAGGAGGCUUUACAGAUGGAUGGCACUAGGUCAUUAACAAGAAGCAGUACUGUAGUAAACAAGGGUGAGCUGGAGAAACAGCUGCUGCAGGCCAACCCUAUACUAGAGGCCUUUGGCAAUGCAAAGACUGUCAAGAAUGACAACUCCUCAAGAUUUGGAAAAUUCAUUCGUAUUAAUUUUGAUGUGGCGGGGUACAUUGUUGGCGCCAAUAUUGAGACCUACCUGCUUGAAAAAUCACGGGCCACCCGUCAGGCCAAUGAUGAGAGAACCUUUCAUAUCUUUUACCAGUUGCUGUGUGGAGCCUCAGAGCCAACAAGGGCCGACCUGCUAUUAGGAAGUGCUGAUGAGUACCGCUUUUUGAGUGGAGGAUUCAUACCAGUUCCUGGUCAGAGUGAUGCAGACAACUUCACACAGACUAUGGAUUCCAUGGCUAUAAUGGGCUUCACUCCAGAGGAGUCAACAUCUAUGUUGAAAGUGAUCUCCGCUGUUCUCCAGUUUGGAAAUAUCUCCUUCAUGAAGGAGAAGAACCAGGACCAGGCAUCCAUGCCAGACAACACAGCUGCACAAAAACUAUGCCAUUUGCUGGGCAUUAACGUACUGGAGUUCACCCGUGCCAUCCUCACUCCCAAGAUCAAAGUGGGACGAGAGUAUGUGCAGAAGGCUCAAACAAAAGAACAGGCUGAUUUUGCUGUUGAGGCUUUGGCCAAAGCAACAUAUGAGCGUCUGUUCAGAUGGUUGGUGCACAGGAUCAACAGAGCUCUGGAUCGCAGACAGAGACAGGGCGCCUCCUUUAUAGGCAUCCUGGAUAUUGCUGGCUUUGAGAUCUUUCAGCUGAACUCAUUUGAGCAGCUUUGUAUCAACUACACUAAUGAGAAGCUGCAGCAACUCUUCAACCACACCAUGUUCAUCCUGGAGCAGGAGGAAUAUCAGAGGGAGAGCAUUGAGUGGAACUUCAUCGACUUUGGACUGGACUUACAGCCUUGCAUUGACCUUAUUGAAAAAUCGGCCCACUCACCUGGUGUGUUGGCUCUGUUGGAUGAAGAAUGUUGGUUCCCUCGGGCAACAGACCGCUCAUUUGUGGAGAAGCUGUCUACUGAGCAAGGCAGCCAUCCAAAAUUCUACAAAUCAAAGCAGCCACGUGGGGAAGCAGACUUCGCCAUCAUUCACUAUGCUGGCAAGGUGGACUACAAAGCAAAUGAUUGGCUGGUGAAGAACAUGGAUCCUCUGAACGAUAAUGUGGCCUCUCUUCUUCAUCAGUCGUCUGAUCAUUUUGUGUCAGAGCUCUGGAAAGAGGAUAUUCAAACCCUUCCCCGUGUGUACUUCUUUGAUUCCUAUACCACUCUACAGGCUAAUGGUUCAGACAUGGACAGGAUAGUGGGUCUGGACCAGGUGGCAUCAGGAGAGAACAGUGGGCCAGUCACAUUUGGAGCAGCAGGACUGAAGACUAAGAAGGGAAUGUUUCGGACUGUGGGUCAGCUCUACAAAGAGUCUCUCACCAAGCUCAUGGCCACACUGAGGAACACCAAUCCCAACUUCCUCCGCUGCAUCAUCCCAAACCACGAGAAAAGGGCUAGUAAAUUGGCUCCCCAUCUGGUUUUGGACCAGCUGAAGUGUAACGGCGUUCUGGAGGGGAUCCGUAUCUGCAGACAGGGCUUCCCUAACCGUAUCCCAUUCCAGGAGUUCAGACAGAGAUAUGAGAUUCUGACUCCUAAUGCCAUUCCUCGCACCUUCAUGGAUGGUAAACAGGCUUCAGAGCUCAUGAUUAAUGCUUUGGAACUGGAUCGGAACCUGUUCAGGGUAGGUCAGAGUAAAGUAUUUUUCAGAGCUGGGGUCCUGGCCCACCUGGAGGAGGAGAGAGACCUAAAGAUCACAGACAACAUCAUUCGCUUCCAGAGUGCCGCCAGAGGCUACCUCGCACGCAAGGCCUUUGUCAAAAAGCAGCACCAGCUGAGUGCUCUGAGGGUGAUGCAGAGGAACUGUGCAGCUUACCUCAAACUCAGGAACUGGCAAUGGUGGCGACUGUUCACUAAGGUGAAGCCGCUGCUGCAGGUGAGUCGGCAAGAUGAGGAGAUCCAAGCCAGAGAGGCAGCGCUCCAAAAGGUCAAGGACACACUCACGCGAGUGGAACAGGAAUACUCUGAGUUGGAUAAAAAGCAUGUGCAGCUAGUAGAGGAGAAAGCUCUGCUGGCUGACCAGCUACAGGCAGAGGCGGAGCUGUUUGCAGAGGCGGAGGAGAUGAGAGCCAGGCUGGCCAGUAGGAAACAGGAACUGGAGGAGGUGCUGGGUGAGAUGGAAAGUCGGUUGGAAGAAGAAGAGGAGAGGGGGGUGCAGCUGACUAACGAGAAGAAGAAGAUGCAGCAGAAUAUACAGGACCUAGAAGAGCAGUUAGAGGAAGAGGAAAGUGCCAGACAGCGUCUCCUAUUGGAGAAAGUCACACUGGAGACCAAAGUGAAGAGUCUGGAGGCAGACUUGUUGAACACAGUUGAGCAGAGAGACAGACUAAGCAAGGAGAAAAAACAUUUGGAAGAACGUCUUGGUGAGGUGACAGACCAGCUAACUGAGGAAGAAGAGAAGACCAAAAGUCUUAACAAACUUAAGAAUAAACAGGAGGCUGUCAUAGCAGACUUAGAGGAACGCCUUAAGCGUGAGGAGCAGGGUCGUUUGGAGCAGGAGAAGUGGAAGAGGAGGCUGGAAAAUGAAUCACUGGAGACCCAGGAGCAGCUGUCUGACCUGGGAAUCCUGUCUGCCGAGCUGAAGGGUAGUGUCGCCCAAAAGGAGAAGGAAAUCACCACCCUACAGGGCCGGCUGGAAGAGGAGGGAGCGCGUCGCUCAGAAGCUCAGAGAGCACUGAGGGAGGCCAUGUCCCAGGUAUCGGAGCUGAAGGAGGAAGUGGAGAAUGAAAGAGGGAUGAGGGAAAGGGCUGAGAAACAGAGGCGGGAUCUGGGGGAGGAGCUGGAGGCUUUGAGAACUGAGCUGGAGGACACUCUGGAUACCACUGCUGCCCAGCAGGAACUAAGAUCUCGACGGGAGUCGGAGUUAACUGACCUCCAGCGUCGUGUGGAGGAGGAUACUCGUCGCCACGAGGCCCAACUGUCAGAAUUACGAGUCAAACAAAGUGCUGCUAUAGACAGUCUCCAGGAGCAGCUGGACAACAGCAAGAGGAUGCGUCAGUCCCUGGAAAAGGCCAAAGCAGCGCUUGAGGAGGAGAUGCUGAAUUUGACAUCUGAGCUCAAGGGCCUCCAAACGAAUCGCACAGAGAGCGAGAGAGGCCGCAAGAGGGCCGAGAGCCAGCUCCAGGAACUCAACGCCCGUCUGUGCCAGGCUGAUGUAGAGAGGGUGGAGAAAGAGGAGCGAGUACACAAAUUACAGUGUGAGAUUGAGUCUCUGUCCAGCAAUAUGACUGCCUCUGACACCAAAGCCCUCCGUCUCACAAAAGAAGUCAGCAGUUUGGAAAGCCAACUUCGUGACGUCCAGGAAUCCCUAACGGAUGAGACCCGUCAGAAGUUGUCUCUGGCCUCAAGGGUGCGUGCACUGGAGGAGGAGAAAAAUGGAAUGAUGGAAAGACUAGAGGAGGAGGAGGAGAAAGCCAACGAGUUGACCCGGCAGAUCCAAACCCUCACACAGCAGUUGGCUGAACUGCGUAAGCAGUCGGAGGAGGUGAAGACAGCGGUGGAAGCUGGGGAGGAUCUGCACAGAAAACUGCAAAGAGAGCUGGACAGUGCCAUCCAGAGGGAGCAGCAGAAGGAAGAGGAGAAACAGAGGGUAGAGAGGCAGAGGCAGAGACUGAGGGAGGAGAUUGAGGACAUGACCCUCGCCCUGCAGAGGGAGAGGCAGAACUGCACCGCGUUGGAGAAGAGGCAAAAGAAGUUUGACCAGUGUCUGGCAGAGGAAAAGGCAACCUCUGCUCGGCUGGCAGAAGAGAAGGACAGAGCAGAAGCAGAAAGCCGAGAAAAAGAGACAAGAUUUCUGUCACUGUCCAGAACCCACCAGGAGGUCCAGGAGCAGAAGGAAGAGCUAGAGAGAGUCAACAAGCAGCACCGCCUAGAAAUGGAACAACUCGUCAACCAGCAGGAUGAUGUUGGCAAGAAUGUCCACGAGCUGGAACGCUCACGGAGGGCUCUUGAAACAGAAGCGCAGAACCUGCGACUUCAGACACAGGAACUGGAGGAGGAGCUGACAGAGGUGGAAAACUCGAGGCUGAGACUGGAGGUCACCUUGCAGGCACUGAAAGCCCAGUUUGAGAGGGAGCUCAGCACAAGUGAGGAGAAGGGAGAGGAGAAGAGGAAGGCCCUCAGCAAACAGGUAAAAGAACUGGAACUCCAGCUGGAGGAGGAGAGGAGUCUACGGUCUCAGGCUAUGUCGUCCAAGAAACAGCUGGAUGCAGAGUUACAGGAAGCUGAGGCCCAAGUGGAAACAGCCACCCGUGGAAAAGAGGAUACUAUGAAGCAGCUGCGGAGGCUGCAGACCCAAAUGAAGGAAGUUCUUCGUGAGUUGGAUGAGCACAAACUGUCUCGUGAUGACCUGCUUGCCCAAACCAAGGACAGUGAGAAGAAAAUCCAAAAUCUGGAGGCAGAGGUCCUGCAGCUCACUGAAGAGUUGUCUGUGUCUGAGAGGCAGCGGAGACAGGCCCAGCAGGAGAGAGACAUGAUGGCUGAUAACAUGUUCAACAGUACUUCUGGAAAGUCAGCCAUGUCUGAAGAGAAGCGGCGCUUAGAAUCCCGCAUCACUCAGCUGGAGGAGGAGCUGGAGGAGGAGCAGAGUAACUCUGAAAUAGUAGCAGAGAGACAAAGAAAGGCAAUCCUCCAGGUGGAGACGCUGACCGUGCAGCUGCAAGGAGAGAGAGCUCUGACCCACAAGGCAGAGGCAGCUCGGGAGCAGCUGGAGAGGCAGAACAAGGAGCUAAAGGUCCGGCUCAGUGAGCUGGAGGGGGCCGUGAGGGGCAAACACAGACUCAGUGUUGCUGCUCUGGAGGCCAAGAUCGAGUCAAUGGAGGAGCAGCUGGAGCAAGAGAGACAGGAACGAGCCAUUGCCAACAAACUGGUGCGAAAAACUGAGAAGAAACUGAAGGAGGUGAUGAUGCAGGCAGAGGAUGAGAAGAGACACGCAGACCAGUAUCAAGAGCAGCUGGAAAAGUCCAUGGUCCGACUGAAGCAGCUGAAGCGUCAGCUGGAGGAGGUGGAGGAGGAGAACUCUCGCUCCAAUGCCCAGAAGAGGAAGCUCCAGCGGGAGCUGGAGGAGCUGGCCGACAGCGGUCAGAGCAUGUCGCGGGAAAUCUCCACACUUCGCAGCCAACUCAGGCGUGCUCCGUUGCCACUGGCAAUGCGUGGGCGCAGAGCCCUGGUCGAUGACCUGUCAUAUGAGAACUCAGACUCAGAGGAUCCACCUGCCUCACCAACCCCUUCCUCUGGACUCCCACGGGCCCCAACACCUUCCUCAGAGAACAGCUUGGAGCCUUCUUCACAAUACAGCAUCAACAACACAGAGUGACAUGCAGACUCACACAAAACACACAGCCGUCAACCUCUCAGGGGUGAAAGAGCGACAUGCACAAAGCACUCUGUACGUUGUAAAGGUAAUUAAACAAAAUGAUGCAGACACACAUAUCAAAUGCUAUAGACUCUAAAAUGUUCUCACUCAUACAAUAAUACUUUUUGCCUCCAUUUUUUGGAACUAACACAGGAAAAGUGUAAUGACACAAACACAUUCUGCAAAGAGGCAACUGCCUUUUUUUUUUUCUUUUUUAAAAUUGUGACACUUAUUACAACAAAGACUGGAAAUUCUACAACAGUAAUUACUUUCUGAGAAACUAAACUACAAUUGUGGAACUUAAUUAUUACACUUAAUUUGAUGAUGCUGUACAGAAUGCAAACAUUAUGUUGGUCUUGUCUGUUGCAGUAGGAGGUAUUUCAAACUAAGCCAUGUUUAACCUUUAAUGAGGAGGCAAUGUGUACUGUCUAGUUUUAAAACGGGGUGUGAAAUCGAUCAUGGGGUUAAAAUACUUCUGAAAGGUGUUGAGACAAUCCACAUUCAUUCAUAUUACAUUGGUGAAUUUAUGGAACAGAAAUUUCAAAUAUGAUUUGUGACAUCUGCGUACGUCAGUAAGCGUUUAAAAAAAUUGAAUGUGACGUAAUCUGGAUUAGAAAGUUUCAACAAAGUAGUAGUCCACAGUAGGGAUAGUAUGAUAUCACUUAUUUGAAGUCCGACUAGGGUGACCAGAUGUCCCACAUUGUGGUCCAAACUGAGAUGGUUUCUAGCAUUGUUAUUGACAGUCAGGCUUCAGUUUUGAAAUGCGUGUGAAGCCUGACUGUCAGUAACAACGCCGGAAACCAUCUCAGUUUGGACCACAAAGUGGGACAUCUGGUCACCCUUAGUCCGAUACAUAUACCAGAAUCUUCAAUGUCUACGAUAUCAAUCUGAUACUGUUUUCCUUGUCAUAAAACAACUUAGCUGUUAAUAAAUACAUUAGUCUGGGUGUACUUUGGUAACCUAGCCAUCUAACAAAACAUGAACAAACUGUCAAACAAAUGUUCUUCUCCCUAAAGGCAAACAUGCAUCACUGAAUACAUGAUACAAAUGUGCAAUAGAAGACUCGGAUUGGAUUGGGGUCCCCCACCCCCAAUAUCUGAUGCAGUAAUUUUGGCCAAUAUUGAAGUGAUACCAAACCAAAAUAUCAGCUCAUGCACCCCAGCUUUCAGAAACAAUGGUGAAAAGUAGCAAA